UUUCUCUCUCUCUCUCACAGACACACACAGACACACUCACACACAGACACACACUCACACUCUGACGUCUUUUGUGCAUUUCCUGCAUUACAAGGAGAGGGGAGGAGAGCUGGGGUGUUGCUAAUCAGCGGUGGAGGCAGCAGUGGCAGCGGCGGUACAAGGCAUCCAAGCGGGGAGCUACCCAGAGCCGUCUCCCUGCAGCCGAAGCCCAGCCCGGAGCAGCGGAGAGGUCCCCGGGGCAUGUGGGUGAGGAGGAUCCCGAUUGGGCUGCGGCUGUGAGAGCGAACUGCCCGGCUGGGGCUGCUUGUGGGGGAGAAGGUUGUACUAAGACUCCCAGGGAGGCAGGGGGGGGGGUGCGGCUGCUCACAGGCAGCAUUUUGGCAGGAAAGCCCGGAUUGCACCAACACCUCCGAGCCCCCCUCCCCAUGGAUGAGCCGAUACGGUAGGUAGGAGAGCAGCCGGCCGGGAUUAGUGCUGGAUUUGCACCCCCCCUUGUUUUCCCGUUAGCGAAGCCCAUGUAUCCAGCGGCUGCCGCAGCGCUGCGAGUGGAAUAAGGGGGCAGCGGAUCGUUCUAUUCCCGCACCCCCCCCCCCCCCAGCGGGCUGCCCAUAGGGACAUGCAGAGGUGUAACUUGGAUUGACUGCGCCCACGUCUUGCCCAGUCUGUGGCCAUUGAACCUUAGGGCCACAUAGGCGCAAGCCCUAGCGCUAAUGCCCCUUUUCAUUUACUCCUCUCCAUCUUAAUGCAUAGGAAGCCACUAGCUGUGGCCCUUACACUUGUCUGCCAGUCUGUGCCCUAAUUGCCCUAGUUACACCUCUGCUGGGAGGCAACCCCAUCCCCAGACACCUUGGCCCACCAUGGUUGUAUUUAAUGGUUUGCUGAAAAUUCGGAUUUGUGAGGCGACCAACCUGAAGCCCACCGCCUGGUCCCUGAGACAUGCCGUGGGCCCCCGACCCCAGACCUUUCUGCUGGACCCCUACAUUGCUGUCAAUGUGGACGACUCCAGGAUAGGACAGACCUCCACCAAGCAAAAGUCCAACAACCCCACCUGGCACGAUGACUUCUCUACGGACGUCUCCAACGGCAAGAAGAUCGAGCUGGCGGUCUUCCAUGAUUCCCCCAUAGGGUACGACGAUUUUGUAGCCAACUGCACCAUCCAGUUUGAGGAUCUACUGCAAAAUGGGAGCCGACACUUCGAGGACUGGAUUGAUUUGGAGCCAGAAGGAAAAGUAUACGUAAUCAUUGAUCUUUCUGGGUCCUCAGGUGAAGCACCCAAAGAAAAUGAAGAACGUGUAUUCAGGGAGCGAAUGCGGCCCAGGAAGCGGCAGGGUGCUGUGCGGCGCAGGGUCCACCAGGUUAACGGGCAUAAGUUUAUGGCAACAUACCUUAGACAACCAACCUACUGUUCCCACUGCCGGGAUUUUAUAUGGGGAGUUAUAGGAAAACAGGGAUAUCAAUGUCAAGUUUGCACUUGCGUAGUUCACAAGCGGUGCCAUGAGCUUAUAAUAACCAAGUGCGCCGGCCUAAAGAAACAGGAAACCCCCGACGAGGUGGGCUCUCAGCGUUUUAGUGUCAACAUGCCCCACAAGUUUGGCAUCCAUAACUACAAAGUACCCACGUUCUGUGACCACUGUGGUUCAUUACUCUGGGGCCUCUUGAGGCAAGGCUUGCAGUGCAAAGUCUGUAAAAUGAACGUCCACCGCCGCUGUGAAUCGAACGUAGCACCAAACUGUGGCGUGGACUCUCGGGGGAUAGCAAAAGUAUUAGCAGAUCUCGGUGUCACGCCGGAUAAAAUCACAGCUGCCGGGCAGCGAAGGAAAAAGAAAAGAAACGCCCUUAUAUUUUCACCGAUGAAGUUAAUUGCAGGUGCUGAGACACAGCAGCCUGUCCCUGGGGGUCCGGCCGUUGAAGAUGAUAGGUCAAAAUCUGCACCAACCUCUCCAUGUGAUCAGGAAAUAAAAGAUCUGGAAAACAACAUUAGAAAAGCUUUGUCGUUUGAUAACCGGGGGGAAGAACACAAGUCGACAGCUACAGCCGCCACAGAGAACCAGCUGAGCGGUACGGGGGAAAAUGGUGAGAACGGCGAGGUGAAACUGCACGAGCACAAGAGGACAGGCCUGGAAGACUUCAACUUCAUCAAAGUAUUAGGAAAAGGCAGUUUUGGAAAGGUUAUGCUGGCCGAGCUCAAGGGCAGGGAUGAAGUUUACGCCGUAAAAGUCCUGAAGAAAGAUGUCAUUCUGCAAGAUGACGAUGUAGACUGCACUAUGACGGAGAAGAGGAUUCUGGCCUUGGCACGGAGGCAUCCUUACCUGACCCAGCUCUACUGCUGCUUCCAGACAAAGGACCGCUUGUUUUUUGUCAUGGAGUAUGUGAAUGGAGGGGAUCUAAUGUUCCAGAUUCAGCGCUCUCGUAAAUUUGAUGAACCUCGGUCACGGUUUUAUGCUGCUGAAGUCACCUCAGCCCUCAUGUUUCUUCACCAGCACGGUGUUAUAUACAGGGACCUUAAACUGGACAAUAUUCUUCUGGAUGCAGAAGGCCACUGCAAACUGGCCGACUUUGGGAUGUGUAAGGAAGGAAUAUUGAAUGGUGUCACUACAACCACCUUCUGCGGAACGCCAGAUUACAUAGCGCCUGAGAUACUUCAAGAGUUGGAAUAUGGACCAUCGGUGGAUUGGUGGGCCCUUGGUGUUCUAAUGUAUGAGAUGAUGGCUGGUCAACCUCCCUUUGAAGCGGACAAUGAAGACGACCUCUUUGAAUCCAUCCUUCAUGAUGAUGUUCUGUACCCAGUUUGGCUCAGUAAAGAAGCAGUCAGCAUUUUAAAAGCAUUUAUGACAAAGAAUCCCAAUAAGAGAUUAGGGUGCGUGGCCGCGCAGGGACUGGAGGAAGCCAUCAAGCAACACCCGUUUUUCAAAGAAAUUGAUUGGGUACUUCUGGAGCAAAGGAAAGUCAAGCCUCCUUUCAAACCACGAAUUAAAACCAAGCGUGACGUAAACAACUUUGAUCAGGAUUUCACACGAGAAGAACCUGUGCUAACACUGGUGGAUGAAGCCAUAGUAAAGCAGAUCAAUCAGGAAGAAUUCAAAGGCUUCUCGUACUUUGGGGAGGAGCCGCUGUCCUAAGGAGACUGUGGCUGCUCCUACGAGCAGGAGUUUUAGAGAGUCAACCUGAGACUGAGAUUUAUUGGAUUCUUACGGUCUUGUUCUACUAUGAGCCUACACCCAUGUAAAGAGUUUAUUAUUUAUUGCCUGUGUUUUUUUUUUGUUUUGUUAUUUCUCAAAGGCACUCCUAAUUUCUCUUACAGAGCAAUGCAAACCGUUUAUUUUUUAUGUUUAAGAAACUGUAGCUGUAACACACUGCCGUGACCACAGUAUACUCGAAAACCUGAUUUUUUUUUUUAAAAGAAAUAUUUUUAAGUGUUUUUUUUUUAAUUUACAGCAAAAGUAAGGUUGGGGGCAAAAGAAUGAAUAUCUGAACACCGACCAUUAACGAGAACAGGAAGGUUUUACAAUUAUAACUAAUUAGCUUGCCCAAAGUGGGACAGAUCCUUGGUGAGAUAUGGGCGUGUCCAGCUGUGCCAGGGUGGGGCUAGGGUAGUUCAGGUGUGUGGCAUCAUAUUUAAUGUUAUUCCAAGUGGAUAUGCUGAGAGAUGUACAUUUAUUAUCUAUCAUUUCCAUGGUUCUGCUUAAGCCACUGCUAUAGGUCUGUACCCUAGGAUCAAAGUGAAGGGUUAUUCACUAUGUAUGUAUAUAGAGGACCAGAUCUGAGAGUAUUUCUAAAGUCAUGGAAGAUGAUAUAUAGAUAUUCCAGGUCUAGUAAGCCAUAGCAACCAAUCAGAUGUUUGGAUUAAAACAGGUGACUGGUACAUGGUACCUGCUGAUUGGUCACUAUGGGUUGCUAGAGCAAUAUAUCCUUUAAAUUACCCACUUUGAGCUCAAACGGCCCAUAGUGUGUUGCAAUUAAGCAGUGCAAACAUCAGAGGCUUUGGAUCAGGGUAAGACAGAGGUGGAAUUGGCCCUUUACAACCUUGGAGGGGACAAAAUCAUAGAUAAAAUAGAAAUGACUGAUUAUAUUGUGUACCUGUUAUUACACAACACCUUGGGCUGGUUGUGCCAGAGUUCCUGCAUUGCCAGGACCACCCCCUGACUUCUCUAACUCAGUUCUGGACAUUAUUUUUGGAUAGAUAUUAGCAACAAUCUGUUAUUUUAUUCAUCCAACAAAACAAGUUAUUGGGUUUCCUGCUAUUUACACCUAGAUGUCUACACCCAGCUGACUGCAUCUUAAGAGUAGGAUGUUCAGGCCUGCGAGCCAUUGCCUGUUAUUUCAGGGCCAAUCAGCACUAUUUGUCAUUACAAGUAUUACAUUUCACUCAACCAGUUUACCCCGAUCACAUGUCGGCCACAUGUUCAUCCUGGGAGAGAAGAAUAGCUCUUAGUUUCUCUCAUUCUCCAGAAGUUGAACACCACACUUACCUAUGGACAGGCUAUAUUUUCACAAUGACUGUUGCAUCAUUUGCUCUCCACAAACUGUUACAUAAAAUCAACAUAAACUAAAAUAGUUAUUCUUGUCUUAGAAGCAGGAUGGAUGUUAAGAUCAAGAAGUCACAAAUUUGGUCAGGGAAGCCAUUGGUCAGCUGAGCUGUUCUCUUCUAUGUACAUAGCAGGAACCCUUGGACUGCUAAAAUCCAGUACAAACCUAAUCAAACAUCUAUCUUAAGUUCUAUUAAGAUUUGCAAAUAUUUAUAUGCAUGUGUGCGAAUGAAGCAAUGCAAUUGGCUGACAGCAACUUGUAUUUUGGUACAUGGUUCCCUUUGGGUCUCCGGUGGCCUGAAAGGCUAUGACCUUAUUAUUGUGUAGUAUUUUGGAGACCUCUGACUUUGUAGAAACUUUUGGACAGUGUUUCUAGGUGGGGUAGUUUGCACACUGUUGGUGGACCAUUCAUAACACUAUUGUGUUUAUUAUGCUAUGUUUUGCUCAUAGGCUAUUGGGUAUUAGAGCUGUUGGUGGUGUUCUAGGAGUUGCAGCUGGAGGGCUGCAGGCUGGACAUUCCUGAGAUGAUCAGUAUGAAUAUCUAACAAGUAUUAUGAUGUGUUUUUUUUUACUAAUUUCCCCCGUUGGUUCUGCUCUGCCUUGAACCUAAACCAGCCGACAUGGUGCAUAAAGUUGUCUCACCCAAAUGCCACUGUUUUGAUUGGUUGUAACCAGUGAGCUUGGAAUAAAAUGGAGUCUGGCUUGGGCCAUGAUGAGGUGAGGAUUCAGAAUGAGAAUAGCAGAGUUGAAGAAUGUCUAUGCCCUACUAUUGACUGGCAAUAACUCUGCUGACAAUACCUGCAUCUCAUCUAGGAGGUUCCCCCAACAUAUUUUAAUGCAGAAUAAAGCAAAAAUACAAUAAUUUAAAAACAAUGAACUAUAAGCAAGAAUAGUGUCGUCUUGAUCAAACUGACAUGGGAAAAACCAAUAAAGAUACCUUGACUAUGAAUUUGCACCUGUGACCUGGGCAUCAGGCACGCCCCCGCUGAGGUUAAGCGCCCCGCUACAGAUGUGCAAACAGUGUUACGUUCAUGUUCGGGGGGAACCCCGCUGUGUGUACAUGUAUUACAGUCGAUGAUCUACUUUACUGGACUGAAGAGCGAGCAGUUGAUGAGAUCCGUGUGAAGGAACUCACGUGGCCGGAUCACCUGCUUCUUGAAAAAACAAAGUGGCACGAAAAGAAGAAUUAUUUUGUUUUUUGUUUCCCUUUUGUACAGGUGAGAUUUUUGUAAAUAGUGUUUGCUGCAAGGCCUGUGGAGUCUAAAUCAUUAUAAAGGUUUCAAACUGCUGCAUGUUAUUAAAAAAAAAACGUUAGUUCAUGGAGAAAAAAACACAUUAUAUUAAGGUCAAUGUGCAAUACUCUGUAUGUGUAUUGGUUCAAGUUUCUGUGAGAAUUUUCUUUUAAAAGAUGUAAGCUUCUAUCAAGCUGUACUUAGGAACCUUGUAUAGUACAUUGGGUCGAUAGGAAAGAGCAGGAAGGGUCGGCAAUGGGCUGGUUGGGCACUAGUGCUGGCACAGUGAGUACUUGUAAGCCAUUUUGUUUUACAUCUGCAGCUACCUAUCCCUAUGUCCUAAAUACAGGGAUUGGUUACCUGAGGCCCCUCCUUAUGUUGUUGAACUGCAAACUCCCAGCGUCCCCACCGACACCCAAUGACUGACAGCAAAGGGUGCUGGGAGUGGUAGUUCAAUAAGAUUUAGGGAGGUUUGGGUUAAUCACUCCCUUUCCCAUUGCAUUUUUCAUUUGCAUUGAAACAGGCUCCUCCCACUAUUCCUGUCAUAUAGUUCCCCCGUGUUUUUAUUUAUUUUUUUAGUCAUUAGUCUUUGCAUCUGAUAACAUCACCAUAUAUUAGUGAGGCAAAUUGGCCGUGCUGCGAUUUGCAUUAAAACAAAUAUAAAAUUAAUAAAUUGUAUUAAUUGCCCCUAAUAAUAUGAAAAAAAUGAGUUUGUGCACCAAAUAUUCCUUGUCUGGAUACAGGUAUUUAUCCAUGAGUAGGAGACGCCAUAUUGUUUGUGUUGGCAGGUGUAGGGUGGGAUGUUUUUGUUCCUAAGCAAACAUAACAGCACCUGUUGUGGCCAUAGGAUAAAUUCAGUUAUUAAGCAAUAUAGGAAAUCCGUGAAAGCUUAAGGCUUAUUAUUCAAUACAAAGUAAAUAUGUAUAAAUGGAUAUUUAUUGUAUGCGAUAACAGGUCCUACUGACCUUCCCUUUAGUGAAAAAUUAUUUUGCAGUGCUGAAGAGAAACCCCUCGCCAAUGGCACAAACCACUUGCUAUUACUCAUUCCCACUGUCUGAUUAUAUAUAUUUAUUAACAAGCUCCACCCACUUUAAUAUUAUUAUCAGAUGCGCUCCGCCUAUGUAACAGGAUCAGUGUAGGCAGAACAUAGCUAAAUGUGAGAACUCCUCCUCAUUCUGUUUAAUUAGUGAAUUGAGAUAUAAACCGUGCACUCCAUGCCACUCACGUAUAAUGGCCCUGGGCAACCAUGAAAUUAACCAUGAAUAAUCAAAAACAGAUGGAGCACUCAUCUGAAACUCAUCUAAAAAAUUUUAAAAAAAGUUAAUUUAGUCAAUUUUUAAGGUCCUUUCUCAAGACAAAGUGUUGUCUGGCUCCAUCUAUGUUUGGUUAUAUGUACUGAUAAAGUGCUUCCCAUGGAGCCAUUAUAUUUCAAUGCAUCAAGAUAUAUACAGUCACUCCAUGUCACUCAUAUAUAAUGGCUGUCAGCUACAAUGAAAUCAAACCUGAAUAAUUCAAAAUAGAUGGAGCGCUCACCCAAUAAUGGUUUAUUUGGUCAACUUUUAAUCCCUUAAAGCCCCGAGGAAGGUUCCCUUUUCUUGAGAAAGUCCCUAGAAUGCUCCAUCUAAUUUUGAAAAUAUAUAUAAUAUAGCAUACUUCCCAACUAAAUGCUACAAUAUUUACUGUCCACUCCAUGUAAGUGAAGGUAAGACAUACGCAGAUAUGGAGAACAGCUCCAAUAAACGUGAUAAAACGCACUAAGUUUGCCCAGGAGCAGUAACCCAUAGCAACCAAUAAGAUGUUUGCUUUUAAACAGGUGACCAGUAAAUGCUUCCUGCUGAUUGGUUAAUAUGGGUUACUGCUCCUGGACAAACUAAUUGCCUUUUAUUACAUAACCCAAUAGUUUUAAACUCUAGGGAAGGGCUGAGAACCUCCCACUUACAUAACUGCUAGCGCUGCUGUUGAUUUGGGACAACGGAGCUCUCAUUUUUUGGCCUGUUGCGAUAAGGAUCUUUGUCAGUUUUAUGUCUGGCUGCUCACACUCAAGCAGGACUUCAAGUUUCCAUUUUUUUUUAUGAACUCAGGUGUAAUUAUAUUCUUAACGAUGAUUUUGAAAUAUUUUGCGAAAUGCGUUGGCUUGGUUGUUCGUUAGAUGGAGGCGAUUUCUAAUUGACGCAGACAGUUAUUUAUAAGUUAUCAACAGUAGAUCUGUGGGCUGGGAGAAAGGAGACUGGUUUGUGGAAUCCUAUACAAGCAUAGAAACAUCGUAAUGAAUGCAUCAUCUCAAUUGUAAAAAAGAAAACGUACCACUACUGGCUUUGUCGUAACCAUUCUCAGCCACGAUACCAAUAUAAUAACGGAUUUGAUAGAGUCAAGUGCCCUUCCCCAUGGAUAGACAGGCUUUAAAUUCAGAAAGCUGCGUGGCACCCUGCUGAUUGUAUAAGGCAUUUACAGAGUGAUGGGAUUUGGGAGUAAGGGGAGGGGCUCGUUCACCCCAAGGGGUGAUGUUACAUUUAGGGUUUGCUCCUGUCUUCAGCCUGAAAAUGCUCACUUCAGUUUAAAUGGAGCACAUUGGCAUGGCCUCCGCCAUCUGAGUAAAGGCCCCAUGUGACAUAGACCUUAUUAGCUCCUGUGAGCAAGGUGUUUCUAGCGGGUUCAGCAUAUGAGAUGUUCGUAUUGCCUUGUUCUGCUAAAGUAUAGUCUAAUGUGUGGCCCUUUAGUUGCUGUUGAACUACAACCUUUGUGGAAUCCUAUUGACAGUAGCAGGUUUUCAUGGCCUACAUGUUUAUGGUUCCAGUUAAAGACUUGGCCAGAUAAUAGACUCAAAAGGGGCAGAGUUUACUGGGGGUAUGGUCUCACCGGUGAUGUUGCCUGUAGCAACCUAUUAGGUCUUUCUUUGAUUUCUAAUUUGUAGGUGACUGUUCAGAUCUUAUUGCUGAUUGGUUGCUAUGGGCCACAUCACCAGAGAUAUUUAUCUCCAAUCUUAGUAAACGCCCCAGGGUUUUGGGCAAAUCUAUGAUGUUUCUGCAUUGUUGGGAGUAGGCCUGGAUUAGGGUUUGUCAUGGGGGUACUUGUAAUUGUAGUUCAACAACAUCUAAAGCUCCUUACUAAGGACCGUACAUGUUCCGUCGAUGCUUUGCAUGGGCAGUUGUUGCUUCGGUAAAGGGGAAACCCAUUCUCUAUCAUUGCCGCGUUUACAUUAGCUUGUCUGUUACCUGUGUGAGACCCAUCCUACUGCCAGUAACAAAAACAAAAUGGACGACCUGUUACAUUUCUUGCUCUUCUUCAACUUGCCUUCUGCCAUUUUAUUUAUUUUUAUUUUUUUUUCAUUUUGUGCAAUUUGCCAAAAAAAAAAAAAAAAAGACAAAAAAAAUGACAAAAACCGUGGAAUGAUCACUAGCGUCUUAACUCUGUGUUUAGCAUUCUAUAUCAGGAACCCCGCAGCAUGGCAAAACCAGUUCAUUCUUUCAUUAAAAAAAAAGGCAGAUUAAAGAUGAAAAAAAAAAGCUGAAAAUUACCUCUUUUAAAUUAUGUGCAAAUAGUUCUGGCUAUAUAUAUAAAUAUAUAAAUAUAAAGGUAUUCCGUUUUUGUAUUGUGAUGCUUUUAUUGUACAGGACCUUUUUAUUUCCUAUGGAUGUGUUUUAAAUCUAUUGUCAUUCAUUUGUUUUACUUCACCGUAAACUUUAUUACUGUGCCAAAUGUACUGUACUUACAGAGGAUGUGAAUGUGUACUUGUGUCAGAACUUAAUAAAUACAACAAUGUCAAACAGUC